AGCUGUGUGUUAGCUGCGGCGGGUGGUAUGAGAUGCUGCUGUUAAUGCUGGUGGCGGCGACUACCUUGCGGCUCUGCCCGCUAGCCAGAGCUCAGCCGCUGUGCCGUAUUCGUACGGUGAGGACAGGAAAGGUGUUUCACGUCAGAGAGCAAAUUCAAGGGGACCGCCUGUAUUCUUCAUCUGGGACAACUCGCUUGAUGAAGCAUCCUUGCAAGAAAAACAUAGCCCUGUAUCUAGGAAGACAAGUUUUUCUCACGAAGAAUAGCUUUGAGAGUAGUCUCCUUCCAUUUUCCAUCCCUACGUCAAUGCAGGUUGGCAUACCAGAAGUAACAUCAGCACAUUUUGCUGGUUCAGUAUUGCUGUUAGUAGUGAAUCGAAAAGUCUAUGUUUAUGAUUAUGAAGCCAAUUCCUGGAAUGCAUCUACAGGUGUAGAACACCCUGUUUCACAUAUUUCUGGUGACAACUGUUGUUACAGUGGAAAUUCCUUUUGCAUGGAUAUAAGUAACUCAGUUUUUGCUUACUUGCAUGGAGAUCAGAUAUCUCAGGCCAAUAUCUAUUUCUCAAAUACCCGGGGAUACAGAUUUCAGAAGUAUUCCCAGGAAAGACAGGCAGAACUAGUCGGGUCCUUGGGCGGGAUCUUCUACUUUUACUCCCUCUCACAGGUUGGGCUGCUUCUUGUUGACCAACGGAAGGCCAUGUUCGGCUACUCAGACCACCCCCUGAACCGCAGUUUCGGGCUGCCCUUUGACUACAACGGGACCCUUGAAAUCCUCACUGCCCCGGGCCAGAAAGGUAUCCUGAUCUUCUGGUUUGAGAAGAGCCUGCUGGUUUCCCGAAACGCAGGUCAGCUGGUCAACCCUGUCCAGGUGCGAGAAGGACAACACAUCUUGUAUUCUUCCAUCUUUGAAGCCAACAUCACCAUCCACAACGUCGCUGCCAAUGAAAAUGAACUGGCCGUUUUAACUCGGGAGAAUAAUUUAUACUAUGGUAGCCUGGGAAUCCUGUCAAGUUCUCUAAUCAAAUUUGCAGACCAAAACAUCUGGUCCGAAGAGGCAGUCCUGAUGUUCACUGAUGUGGGAAUGCUUGAAAUACUGACCCCGCUUCCUGACUCAACCUUUCCAGCUUUUGAUUUCCAGAAGUGCCCCGUGAACAUCCAGGCGACUCUCAUGGAUCCCCAACUCCAAGUUGAUGUCUGCAAAGUGGAACUUCUGCAGGGAGAAUUUGAAAAUAAAAUGUAUACCAUUGAUAUGAACAGUGAGUUGGAGUUGACGGCCCUCAUGAUACCCCGGCCCGGCACAUCACCAGUCCCACUAGUGAUGGUGAGCAACCCCCAUUCCCUGGGGCUGCAGGCUGUCAUCUACGAGGACGGCUACACCUACGACGGGGACACCAAGCACAGAGUGGUGAGCUCGCCCUACCCCUACCCCCCGCAAACCCGGAUCAACGGGAGAGGGGCUCGGCCUUGACCGACUGGGCCAGGUCCAGCCGCCUCAUGGUGUCCCUCGUCGGACCUCCUUCCUGCUUCCCUCCCUUACACACACCCAGAUAAGGUGCUGCGGAAUUUUGAGGGGACACAGCCCCUGCCCCUCCCCCACCCCAGGCAGGCCGCAGUCCCCCAGAGCGAGAGGGCAUCAGGUGUCACACAGAAGGGGCAGGGAGGAUGUGGCGGGGGGCCUGACCCACCCGGGGAGGGCGUGAGACCUGAGUUAGCUGGGUAAACCCAGGCAUCAGGAGGCAAACCAGGGCCACCGGGAGGGUCUUGGCCAAAUAUGGCUCUGGGGGAUCCAUAGGGCAGAGCCAGGCCUCACAGUCACACCAGGGAGUUGGGAUUUGACCCCAGACCACAAUGUCACAUCACAGCUAAGUAGGAGGGGAAACUAAGUCACGCCCCACUGUGGG